AUGGCUAUCCUUAGGUCAGUGCUUCUGGCCGUUGGGUGGGCCGUCUCUUCGGUGUCUGCCAUCGACAUCUCCAUCAAAGCUACUGGUGGUAACGCGACAAGUCAUCAAUAUGGUUUUCUCCACGAGGAUAUCAACCACUCCGGUGACGGAGGGAUCUAUGCAGAACUUAUCCGCAAUCGCGCCUUCCAGUACGGCGAACGGUUUCCUGUCUCUCUCGCCGCUUGGUCUCCUGUCAAUGGCGCCAAGCUCAAGCUUAACCGCCUCGAUGAACCUCUCUCUGAGGAGCUACCUGUUUCUAUGAAUGUGGAAACCGGAAACGCGGAUGGCCGAAUUGGUUUCUCCAAUACCGGGUAUUGGGGUAUUGACGUAAAGAAACACAAGUAUACAGGCUCAUUCUGGGUCAAGGGAGCUUAUGAAGGCAACUUCACUGCGUCUUUGCAGUCCGCUCUCAACGGUGAUGUCUUUGGUAGCGUUGAUAUUGAGUCUACGUCUCUGGGCGACGACUGGGUUGAGCACGAGAUCGAGCUUAUCCCAGAUACGGACGCACCAAAUAGCAAUAAUACCUUCACACUUACUUUCGACUCAGCGGGUGUCAAAGACGGUUCUCUCGACUUUAACCUCAUCAGCCUGUUCCCGCCCACAUACAGGGGACGCAAGAACGGACUUCGGGUAGACAUUGCUGAAGCCCUCGAAGAGCUUCACCCAACCUUUUUCCGCUUCCCCGGAGGCAACAUGCUGGAAGGAGAUUCCAUCGACACAUGGUGGGACUGGAAGGCCAGUCUCGGUCCUCUUCGAAAUCGCAGGGGAUUCCAGAACACCUGGGGUUAUCAAAUGACCAACGGCCUCGGUCUUAUGGAAUAUCUCCUCUGGGCUGAAGAUAUGGGCAUGGAACUGAUCGUCGGUGUUUACGGCGGUCUCUCGCUUGACGGCUACAUUGUUCCCGAAGACGAGCUUCAGCCCUGGGUCGACGACGCACUCAAUCAGAUCGAGUUCAUCCGAGGACCGGCCAAUUCUACCUGGGGUGCAAAACGCGCCGAGCUCGGACACCCCGAGCCGUUCGAGCUUAACUACGUUGAAAUUGGCAAUGAGGACUGGCUUGCAGGCGGUGCUGCGGGCUGGGAGUCGUACAAGAAAUACCGAUUCCCCACGUUUCUCAAAGCGAUCAACGAAGCAUAUCCCGAUAUUACCGUCAUCUCUUCUGGCGCCACUACCGACGGAUAUAGAAUUCCCGAACCGGGCAUCGGUGACUACCACCCUUACCGGAAGCCAGAUGAGUUUCUGUCCGAGUUCAAUUUGUUUGACAAUGAACCUAUUCCCCACGUCAUUGGCGAAGUGUCCUCCACCCAUCCCAAUGGUGGCAUCGGUUGGGAUGGCCCUCUGGCCCCUUGGCCUUGGUGGAUCGGAUCUGUUGGGGGAGCCGUCGGCCUCAUCAGCUACGAGCGCAACGCAGACCGUAUCUACGGCACCUUUUAUGCUCCUAUUCUUCGAAACCUGAAUAGCUACCAAUGGGCGAUAACCAUGAUCCAGCACGCUGCUGACCCGGCUCUGACCACUAGGUCCACAGACUGGUAUAUUUGGGAGCUCUUCGCCGCUCAUCCCCUCAAGGAGACCCUCCCCGUCACGGGAGACCUCAACCCCCUCUUCUACGUUGCGGGUAAGAGCACCAAGGAUUCACUUGUCUGGAAAGGUGCCUGCUACAAUACCACCGACCACGAGUCUGUGCCCGUCUCUGUCUCCUUCGAGGGCGUUGAGACUGGAACUCGAGCUCAGUUGACACUAUUAACUGGACCGGAGGACCCAUACGCCUACAACGAUCCCUGGAGUGGCGUCAAUGUCGUGGAGACGACCAAUAAUGUGUUGGAGGCAAAUGAGGAGGGCGCGUUCGAGUUUGAGAUGCCUGAGUUGAGUGUCGCUGUCUUGGACACGCAUUUCGAGGAGGAAUCUGAGCUUGAGGAGUCUUCAAAGUAG